ACCUGGUUACAGCCCUGAUGCCACGUGCCUGGUGAGCAGGCGGGGCUGGAGGGUUGUUGCGUGCUGAUGACGCUCAGAGGGUGCUGGAGAAGAUAAAGUCAUAGCAUAAAUCUAGAUGAUCUUUUUUUGCCUGAGUUAGUUGAAGAGGAGCUCGGGACCAGCUUUAUGGAGGCAGUGGCAGAUGAUCUCCCUCUGAGCUAGGAGAAAACCCACUAGCAGCAGGCCCUGGGGCUGGAGAUGUUCGUGCAAGGGACCUCAAGGGUGAAAUAACCUCACUGGCAGCCACCUCACCAGGAUGAACGGGACAGCCAACGUCAACCCUGCUGGCCGCAGCCACUACGUCUCUGCCAUCCCGGUGCCCCGCGCCAUGGCCCACAGCAAGCCACAUGCCGUGGCCCCCCCGAGCACGCCGGGGCCCCCUGUCCCCCAUGGGGCUCCAUCCCCCCGGCCAGGGAAGGUGCUGGUCCCCAGCCCCAAGGCCCUCAAGCCCAAAGGCACUGGCAGAGCCACUGGUCAUGAGCCAGCAAAGGGCAGGGAGGGCAGCCCUGGCGUUCCCCCCCGCAGGGGGCAGAAAGCUCCGGCGAGACCCCUGGUGUCCCCUGGGAAGUGGCCAGAGGUGGUGGGCAGCGGGAGGAGAGGGGCAGGCAGGGUGGGGGAGCCCACCGAGCUGCCCAAAGGCCCCCCAGCACAGGGCAGGGGUGGGGGAUGGCCAGGGGUGUCCCCUGGGAAGGGCAGUGGGGUGGCCACAGCGGGGACAGGGGAUGACCCGCAUGGUGGCUCACAGGGCAGGGGCCCCGUGUUUGGGUCGGGGACCAUCACCUUCUCCUCAGGCCCCUCACACAGCCGUCCUGUCACCGCCACCGUGGCACCCUUCCAGUACCGACUGCAGGAGGACCAGGAGGAGGAAAGGGCCACGUCCCCAGGUGACGAGUGUCCCGGUCCUGUGGAGGGACCUGACCCCAAAGCCAGAGGCCUGACAGCAGCAGCAGCAGCAGCAGCAGCGCCAGGCGGGUUAAAUGGUUGCAGCGCGGGGAUGCUGGGGAGCAACCUCAAGAGCCUUCCCGACGUGGAGCUGGGCGAGGAGGAGCGCGGCUACCGGCGGGGCCCCGACGGCGGCGCGGUGAUGCCGAAGCGGGGGAAGUCGUCGUCGUCGGCGGCGGCGGGGCCGCGGGGCGCGGAGCUGCGCGUCUUCAAGGCGAGCAGCGCGGAGGGGCGGCUGCCGGCCGGCUCCAACCUGCGCAAGCAGAAGUCGCUCACCAACCUGGCCUUCCUCACCGACGCCGAGAAGAAGCGGCAGCUCUACGAGCCCCGCUGGAGCGACGACAUGGCCAAGGCGGCGGCAACGGGGGCGGCGGCGGGGGGGGGCGGCCGGGGCGGCGGCGGCCCCCGCGGCCGGGAGGCGCCCGCCAUGUCGCGGAGCCUGUCCCGCUCCGAGCACUCGCUGCUGUCGCCGCGCCCCGCCGGCCCCGCCAAGCCGCCGCCCGCCGGCAAGCCCAGCCGCAUCCCCCGCGGGCCCUACGCGGAGGUGAAGCCCCUCAGCAAGGCCCCCGAGGCGGGCGGGGGCGGCGGAGGCGGCAAGUGCGACGACGAGCUGCUGGGCGGGAAGGGGCCGGCGGUGGCGGCGGGCGCUGAGGAGAAGCCCUACCUGAAGGUGGACCCCGAGCUGGUGGUGACGGUGCUGGGCGACCUGGAGCAGCUCCUCUUCAGCCAGAUGCUGGACCCUGAGUCCCAGAGGAAGAGGACAGUGCAAAAUGUGCUGGACCUUCGGCAGAACCUGGAGGAGACCAUGUCCAGCCUGAGGGGCUCUCAGGUGUCUCACAGCUCCCUGGAGAUGACCUGCUACGACAGCGAUGAAGCCAACCCCCGGAGUGUCUCCAGCCUGUCCAACCGCUCCUCCCCGCUGUCCUGGCGCUAUGGGCAGUCAAGCCCGCGCCUGCAGGCAGGGGACGCGCCGUCAGUCGGGGGGACCUGCCGCUCUGAGGGCACCCCCAGCUGGUACAUGCACGGUGAGCGGGCACACUACUCGCACACCAUGCCCAUGCGCAGUCCCAGCAAGCUGAGCCACAUCUCCCGCCUGGAGCUGGUUGAGGCACUGGACACCGAUGAUGUGGAGCUGAAGUCAGGCUACAUGAGCGACAGCGAUCUGAUGGGGAAGACGCUGACAGAAGAUGACGACAUCACCACAGGCUGGGAUGAGAGCAGCUCCAUCAGCAGCGGCCUCAGCGAUGCCUCUGACAACCUCAGCUCGGAGGAGUUCAACGCCAGCUCCUCGCUCAACUCCCUGCCCUCCACCCCCACUGCCUCACGCAGGAACUCGACCAUAGCGCUGCGCACGGACUCCGAGAAGCGCUCGCUGGCAGAGAGUGGGCUGAGCUGGUACUGUGAGGGUGAGGACAAGGCACCCAAGAAGCUGGACUACGACAGCAGCAGCCUCAAGAUGGAGCAUGGCUCCUCCAAGUGGCGGCGGGAGCCCUCAGAGGGUGGCGAGGAGGGGCCCAAGGGUGGUGAGCUGAAGAAGCCUGUCAGCCUGGGCACCCCGGGCUCCCUCAAGAAGGGCAAGACUCCUCCAGUGGCCGUGACCUCCCCCAUCACCCACACGGCUCAGAGCACCCUCAAAGUGGCAGGCAAGCCUGAGACCAAAGCCACCGACAAGAGCAAGCUAUCUGUGAAGAGCACAGGCCUGCAGCGCUCCUCCUCCGAUGCUGGCCGUGACCGUGUUGCUGAUGCCAAGAAGCCACCGUCGGGUCUCACACGCCCCUCGGCCUCCAGCUCCUUCGGCUAUAAGAAACCAGCUCCUGCCACUGGCACAGCCACUGUCAUGCAGGCUGGGGGCUCGGCCACGCUCGGCAAGAUCCAGAAGAGCUCCGGCAUCCCUGUCAAGCCGGUCAGCGGGAGAAAAACAAGCCUGGAUGUCUCCAAUGCAGCUGAGCCUGGCUUCCUGGCCCCAGGGGCUCGUUCCAAUAUCCAGUACCGCAGCCUGCCCCGGCCGGCCAAGUCCAGCUCCAUGAGUGUGACCGGUGGCCGCGGCGCAAACCGGCCAGUCAGCAGCAGCAUUGAUCCCAGUCUGCUGAGCACCAAGCAGGGCAGCAUCUCGGUGUCGCGGCUCAAAGAGCCAUCCAAGAUCAGUGCUGGCCGCGGCACGCCAGCCCCCGUGAACCAGACGGACCGUGAGAAGGAGAAGGCCAAAGCCAAGGCGGUGGCGCUUGACUCUGAGUGUGGGACGCUGAAGAGCGUCAGCUCACCUGAGAGCACCCCGAAAGCCCAGGCCAACCUCCCACCAGCGGCCAAGGUGGCCGAGCUGCCCCCCACGCCUCUCAGAGCGGCUGCCAAGACCUAUGUGAAGCCUCCCUCGCUGGCAAACUUGGACAAGGUCAACUCCAACAGCCUGGACUUGCCCUCCUCCAGUGAGCUCCAUCCCCCACACACUGCCAAGCUGCAGGACUUACACCCAGCUGGUGGGCACCUUGCGCCCUGCUUCAGCCCCAGUCCUGCCCCCAUACUCAACAUCAACUCAGCCAGCUUCUCCCAGGGCCUGGAGCUCAUGGGUGGCUUCAGUGUCCCCAAGGAGGGCAGGAUGUACCCCAAGCUCUCAGGCCUGCACCGCAGCAUGGAGUCCCUGCAGAUGCCCAUGAGCCUGCCCAGUGCCUUUUCAGGGGGCAGCACCACCACCCCCACCCCUGCUGCUGCACCCCCUGCCAGCACGGAGGAGGAGGAGGAGGAGGAAGAGGCAGGGGAUCUGGGCUGGAGUGGGAGCCCCCGGCUCGCACAUCUGGACAGUGCCAACCGCGACAGGAACACGCUGCCCAAGAAAGGGUUGAGGUACCAGCUCCACUCCCAGGAGGAGGCCAAGGAGCGGCGCCAUUCGCAUGCCAUCAGCAGUGGGCUCCCUGAGUCGGACGACCAGCAGGACCUGCCCUCACCCCCUGCCCUCCCCAUGGCGCUGGUCGGGAAGGGUCCGCUUACCAGCAUCGUGAGCCCCACUGCCACUGCAACUCCGCGGAUCACCCGCUCCAACAGCAUCCCCACCCACGACUCCACCUUCGAGCUGUACAGCACAUCCCAGAUGGGCAGCACCCUCUCCCUGGCCGACAAGCCCAAGGGCAUGAUCCGCUCGGGCUCCUUCCGGGACCCUGUGGACGAUGUUCAUGGAUCGGUGCUGUCCCUGGCCUCGAGCGCGUCCUCCACCUACUCCUCCGCUGAGGAGAAGAUGCAGUCUGAGCAAAUCCGCAAGCUGCGCCGUGAGCUGGAGUCCUCGCAGGAGAAGGUGGCCACACUGACGUCCCAACUAUCUGCUAAUGCCAACUUGGUAGCAGCUUUUGAGCAGAGCCUGGUGAGCAUGACGUCCCGUCUGCGGCAUUUGGCUGAGACCGCUGAGGAGAAGGACACGGAGCUGCUGGACCUGCGAGAGACCAUCGACUUCCUGAAGAAGAAGAACUCGGAGGCCCAAGCUGUGAUCCAGGGUGCCCUGAACGGCACUGAUGUCACCCCCAAAGAGCUACGCAUCAAACGGCAGAACUCCUCUGACAGCAUCUCCAGCCUCAACAGCAUCACCAGCCACUCCAGCAUUGGCAGCAGCAAGGACGCUGAUGCCAAGAAGAAGAAGAAGAAGAGCUGGCUACGCAGCUCCUUCAACAAGGCCUUCAGCAUCAAGAAGGGACCCAAAUCGGCCUCAUCCUACUCAGAUAUUGAGGAGAUCGCCACACCGGACUCAUCGGCCCCCUCCUCUCCCAAGCUGCAGCAUGGUUCCACAGAGACUGCCUCGCCCUCCAUCAAAUCCUCCACGUCCUCCUCUGUGGGCAUCGACACGGCUGAGCUCUUCCAGGCCCACGGUGAGGGUGAGCCGGAGAAGAAGGAGGUAUCAGAGCUGCGGUCAGAGCUGUGGGAGAAGGAGAUGAAGCUGACGGACAUCCGCCUGGAGGCCCUCAACUCAGCCCACCAGCUGGAGCAGCUGCGGGAGACCAUGCACAACAUGCAGCUGGAGGUGGAUCUCCUGAAGGCUGAGAAUGACCGGCUCAAAGUUGCUCCGGGACCGUCGGCAGUGCCAGGCUCCGUUCCCAGCCACGUCACGAGCACGUCGGCCUCCUCUUCACCGCGGCGCUCCCUGGGUCUCACCCUUGGCCACGCUUUCAGCCCCAGCCUGGGGGAUGCAGAUGUGUCCCCCAUGGACGCUGUCAGCGCUGGCACCCAGAAGGACGAGCUGACGCUGAGGAUUGUGGUGCGCAUGCCGCCCCAGCACAUCAUCAAGGGGGACCUCAAGCAGCAGGAGUUUUUCCUGGGCUGGACCAAGGUGAGCGGGAAGGUGGACUGGAAGAUGCUGGAUGAGGCUGUCUGCCAGGUCUUCAAGGAUUACAUCACCAAGAUGGAUCCUGCUUCCACGCUGGGGCUCAGCACUGAGUCUGUCUACGGCUACAGUAUCAGCCACAUCAAGCGGGUCCUGGACACAGAACCGCCAGAGCUGCCGCUGUGUCGCCGGGGCCUGACCAGCAUCGUUGUGACACUCAAAGGCUUGAAGGAGAAGUGUGUGGACAGCCUAGUGUUUGAGACGCUCAUCCCCAAGCCCAUGAUGCAGCAUUAUAUCAGUCUCCUGCUGAAGCACCGGCGGCUCAUCCUCUCGGGACCCAGCGGCACAGGCAAGACCUACCUGACCAACCGCCUGGCUGAGUACCUCGUGGAGCGCUCGGGUCGGGAUGUCACCGAGGGCAUUGUCAGCACCUUCAACAUGCACCAGCAGUCCUGCAAGGACCUGCAGCUGUACCUCUCCAACCUGGCCAACCAGAUUGACCGGGAGACAGGCACGGCAGACGUGCCACUGGUGAUCCUCCUGGACGACCUCAGCGAGGCGGGCUCCAUCAGCGAGCUCGUCAACGGCGCGCUCACCUGCAAGUACCACAAAUGCCCCUACAUCAUUGGGACCACCAACCAGCCUGUGAAGAUGACCCCAAACCAUGGCCUCCAUCUCAGCUUCAGGAUGCUGACCUUCUCAAACAAUGUGGAGCCAGCCAACGGCUUUCUGGUACGCUACCUGCGGCGGAAGCUGCUGGAGUCGGACACAGACAUCAAUGCCAAUAAGGAGGAGCUGCUGCGUGUGCUGGACUGGGUGCCCAAGCUCUGGUACCAUUUGCACACCUUCCUGGAGAAACACAGCACCUCUGACUUCCUCAUCGGUCCCUGCUUCUUCCUGUCCUGCCCCAUUGGAAUUGAGGAUUUCCGGACUUGGUUCAUUGACCUGUGGAACAACUCCAUCAUCCCUUACCUGCAAGAGGGGGCAAAAGAUGGGCUCAAGGUCCACGGGCAGAAGGCAGCCUGGGAGGACCCCGUGGAGUGGGUGCGGGACACCCUGCCCUGGCCAUCAGCGCAGCAGGACCAGUCCAAGCUGUACCACCUGCCUCCACCCACUAUUGGGCCCCACAGCACCGUUUCCCCUCCCGAGGAGCGCACCGUCAAAGACACGACACCCAGCUCCCUGGACUCAGACCCUCUGAUGGCCAUGCUGCUGAAGCUCCAGGAAGCCGCCAAUUACAUCGAGUCUCCGGACCGUGAGACCAUGGUGGAUCCCGACCUGCAGUCGACUCUGUGAGGCCCGGACAUGCCAGCCCAGGCGGAGGGGAGCUGCCGCCAGGCACCGCUCCUGCCAGGCUGCUCUCCUUUUCCUUUGGUGUCCCGGAGUGCAGGGCUGGCGAGCGAGCGGAGAGGAACCGGGGCUCCGGCACAUCCCAGUGGAGCGUGGGGAAGCUCGGCCCAUCUGUGGGAGAGUGUGAGGUGCCACCUCCCCUCCUGACCCUGGGGGUAGGAGAAUCCUGGUUUCUCUUCUUGGUUUUUUUUUUCUGUCUCUAUUGCAAACUCUUGGGCUUUGGGGCCAGGGCGACUGAUGUGGCUGAGCCCCGGCUCCCGGGAGCCACAGGAAGGCCCCUGCGUGGGGCAGGGACCCCGUGGGAGCUACCUGGGCCAAAGCUGGGGGCCGCAGGAGGAGCGUGUGGCUGCAGGACGAGAGCGCGGGCGUGAGGGUCUCCAGCUCCCUCUCCACCCAGCCAGGCGUAGCCGAGGGCAGGCGACGAGGGAGCCGCUGCUGUGGGAAGCGCUGGCCGAGGAGGAGUGCGGCUCUCACCCCUGUCUUUGUAUGUUCCCUGUUUCACCUGCAUGGCAGCUGCUGUGACCAGGACAGCCCAAUAAACCCGGCUUUGGUUAUUUUAUUUUGUUUCCCCCCCCUCCCAUUUUCCUUUGGCCGAGUCCAGACUUCACUUUGGUCCCUUUUUUGUUCUGGUUCUUCACUCUCCUGGCCUGGAGCCCGUGGGCCGGUGCCCACUGCUUCUCUGUAAGCAGUGCCCUUUCCCUUUGGUUUCUUUUGCAGCUGUUGGUUCCACCACUCAAACCACCUCUGUCACGAAACUGGUGCUCACUGGACGAUCUCCAGUCCCUGAACCCACCUUCUGGGGCCUCACAGCUUGGCUGAGAGGGGACUUGGCAGCCGGUGGCAGCGGGAUGCUCCCAGAGCAGCCCCUCACCCGGUGGCUCCCCCAUCCCCAGAAGCACCAAGGCAGAGUCUGGCCCUGGGGCUGGGGUCUCCCACCAGAUCAGCAUGCCACGGGGCAUCCCCCUCUGAGGAUGCUGAGGCCUGGGCAUGGGGAGGGUGCUACUGCCCCAUCCCUGGGCAGCUGGAUGCCUGCUCUGUCCCCUCAGUGCUGGGAGGCAUGACCUGCUCAAUGUCCCCUCGGUGCUGCCAGGCCUGGGGGUGCAGGUUGGUGAGCCACGCCUGGGGAUAGUCCCCAUGCCGCUGGCUCCCCAAGGCCCUGUGCCUUCCUGCGCCCUAUGGCCUGGGAGGGUCUUGCUGUGCCCCAUGUCGGUGCUCUGGGGACAGCUAGGGCUGCCCUGUGUCCUCUUAGCCCUACCGUGCAAUGCCACAAGCAAGGCUCCUGGCACAGAGGGGAUCAGCCCCGGUGCUGCUGCGGUGCCUUAAUCCUCGGCCGUGCAGGAAGGGGGCACGUGGGUCUUGGGCUAGCGCUGUCACAGCCUGCUCCAGCUGCAGUGUCCUAUGCCUGUCCCCAAAACCAGCUUGGCUGGCAUGGGACAGGGGUGCUGGCACUGGCCUGAGCAUGGCCAAGCUGGGGCUGCUGCCUUGAGCACCCCUCGGCUGCCUGUCCCCAAGCAUGGCUGCAGUGUGCUCUGCUGGGCCAGCACCUCCCUCCCUGAGCCCAGCUGGGCUCUGGCCUGCCCGCUCUUCUCUGCUGCCAUCCAGCUCAGCUCCCGCACUCAGCUGGGGCCCCGGAGAGCCUUUUGGGGAGAGGUGACCCCAGGGCCAUGUCUGCUGAGCCCUGCCAGGCUGGGGGCUAGGCAGCCUCAGCCCCUCCCCGUGCCACGGCUGGUGUGGCCUUCAGGGACGCCUCACAACCCUCCAAAACAGGCAUCUCCUCCACCGCCUGGCCUUGCCGCCAGUGCCGCUCGGAGGCAGCCGCCACCUCUGCCCUUGGUGCUCUCUCGGCCGGUGCAUCUUGCCUUGCCGCCCGGCGCAUCCUGGCCGUGGCGCGUGUGCCCUGUGGUGCUCACUUCUCUGUCUGUCCGACAGCCUCCCCGCCGUCUCCCCACUGCCACCCGGGGCCGGCCAGCCCGGCCCCUUUGCACAGGGAUGUCCCUCCCCACGCUGGCUUGGACGCUAGGGCUUUCUCUUUGCCUUCUCUUGUGUUGCCGCCGUCGGCUAAGGACUUGCUGUAAAUAGAUCUGUAGUCGAAUGCCCUGCGUGAGUUGGUGGGGCUUGGCCCUGUGCCUCUUUCCUUUUUUUUUUUUUUUUUUUUUUUUUUUUUUUUUGUACUCUGUGAUAACUGUGCUGUGCUGACUUCUUUUCUGAUUGUACGAGACACCGGCUCAGCAGCUGCUCGAGGCCAGCGGUGGGGACCUGGCUCUCCCCUCCAGCCCCUCUCGUCCUCGGGGCUCUGUUGCCCAGGGCAGGAAAGGGCAUGAUGCACCUUUGGGGGCUGCUCCAUGCCUGAGCAAUGCUGUGCCCAGGUGCCCUGAGGAGUCCUGUGGGGGGAGAGGGCUCACACACCCCUCGCAUCACACAGCCUGCAGGCAGCCUUGACUGGGCCUGACUUUCUUUUCUGACACCCCCAGGGAGCCACUAAAACAUUGACCAAACUGUCCCCAUCACCGGCUCGCUUGGGGCUGCGCUGCUGGGCGUCCCCCAGCCUGUUUCCUGCAGGCUUGCCCCAUCGUUCCCCGGUGCAGGGUUGCCCAUUGCCCUGUAACCUCAGCCGGGGCAUGCUGGAGGCGAGUGGCACACUGCGGUGUAAAUCAGGAGGAAUCCUCAUGAGGAAUAGGAAGGGUGAGGGCUAUGCCAGCAGGCGUGCCCUGGGCUGGUGCACGGUGGGGGGCUUUUGCUGGGCUUACCUAGCUGGAGGGGGUGGGCCCUGAUGGGUUCCUCCUGGCUUACGCCAAGCACCCCAUGUCCCCAAGCGUGGCAGCUGUCUGGGGGGCCUGGGGACUGGGUGUCCCCCGGUGCUGCCAGUGUCUGUGGGCUGACCCCCUCUGUCCCCAGAGGGACGGGUCCAAGGUUUGCACUAACUCGUCCCUGCGCUACCCCCAAAGGUGCCUGCUGCCCCCAAUGGUGGCCAUCAACCCCCAAAGGUGCCCAUCACCCCCCAAGGGUGCCUGUCACCUCCAACGGUGCCUGCUGCCCCCAGGGGUUCCUGCCACCUCCAAAGGUGCAGGUUGCCCCCAAAGGUGCCCGUGGCCCCUGGGAAUGCCAGGAGCCCUCCUGAGGGGCUGGAGCUGGGAGACACCAGCGCCUCACCCUCCUGCCCCCUCGAGCUGCUGCCGCCCGGCGGCCUGAACCUUACAAUUUUAGCUUUUUUCUAUUAAAAACAAACAACGUUUUUUUAAUUAAAUAAAGGAUGAAAUGGACAAAUUCCUGUUUUAGAUGAUCUGUGUAAUUGACUGGGUUUUGUGUUUCUUAACUGCAUGGUAUUCCUGCCGAGGGGUUUUAUAGCACUUUUUAAAUUUCUCUUUAAGAUUUUGGUCCAGAUUUCUACUGCUCUCGCCUGUCUGUCUUUUUGCUUUUUCCUUGCAUCCUCCAAGUUUGUAAACUUGCUCCAUUUUAUACCUGAUGUUGAGACCCAACCCCACAUUGUACAUAGCUGCGGGAACAAUCAUAGGGAACAAACACCAUCUGGACUCUUUCCACGAUUAGUUGUUUUUACUUAAAAGAAAUCUUAAAAGAAGUAUAAAAGGAAGCCAGGAAAAGGCUUGAGGAUAUUAUGAAAGACAGAAACAAAUCCAGCCCUGCACCAAGUCAGCUCCUGCUGCCCACGCUGCCCGCACCAACCGGCAUGUCUCUUCUCGGUCGUCUGUCUAACACCAUUGGAUUCAAUAAAGUUAUCUCCUGUA